AUGGCGGUGCGGGCUUCGCCCCGCUCCGAGACGGUGGCGGGGCGGCCCCGCCCUCUGGCGGCCGAGCGGGGCGGCGGGGCGGCGGCGCCCGGUGUCGCCGGUGUCCUUGCGGCGGGCGGCGGCCGGGGCCGGGCAGGCGCGGAGCCAUGCUGCCCUUCGUGGCGAGGGCUGUGCACAUUGUCAGGUGGAAGAGGAAACCGAGACAGGCCGAGGGAGAGGUUUACGAUCUUUUCUGUCCUCCCAGCCAUGGAUAGGAAGCAGAAGCAAGCAGAGAAGGCCAGGCCCUACGGCCUGCUGAAGCCGACAGCUUUAGGCAAGAUCCCAGGCAGAUUCCAACUUCAUCAGGAAGCGUUGCCCCAUCUCCCCGUGCCGCCGCUCCAGCAAACGCUGGACCGCUACCUGCUGGCUCUGCAGCCCAUCAUCAGCGAGGAGGAGCUGAACCACACGCAGGAGCUGGUGGCUGAGUUCCGCAAGCCGGGAGGCGUCGGGGAGAGGCUGCAGAAAGGCCUGGAGAGAAGAGCCAAGAAAACAGAGAACUGGCUCUCAGACUGGUGGCUGAAGACAGCUUACCUGGAGUAUCGCCUGCCAGUUGUGGUCCACUCCAGCCCAGGUGUGGUUUUACCUAAGCAGGAUUUUCUGGAUCGACAAGGUCAGCUCAGGUUUGCUGCAAAGCUGAUCGAGGGCAUCCUGGAUUUCAAGACCAUGAUUGACAAUGAGACCCUCCCAGUGGAGUAUAUGGGUGGGAAGCCCCUCUGCAUGAACCAGUACUACCAGAUCCUCUCAUCCUGCCGCAUUCCUGGGCCCAAGCGGGACUCCAUUGUCAACUAUGCCAAAGGCAAAAAGCAGUCCAGACACAUCACAGUGGUUCACAACUUCCAGUUCUUUGAGCUGGAUGUUUACAACAGUGAUGGAAGUCCCCUUACCACUGACCAGCUCUUCAUUCAGCUGGAGAAGAUAUGGAACACCUCCCUCCAAACAAACAAAGAACCUAUUGGAAUCCUCACCACCAACCACCGAAACAGCUGGGCAAAAGCCUACAACAACCUUCUGAAAGAUAAGACCAACAAGGAAUCUGUGCGUACAAUUGAGAAGAGCAUUUGCACUGUCUGCCUUGAUGCACCUAUGCCACGGGUGUCUGAGGACAUCUACAAGAGCCGUGUGGCCGCUCAGAUGCUACAUGGCGGAGGCAGUCGCUGGAACAGUGGGAACCGAUGGUUCGACAAAACCCUUCAAUUCAUCGUUGCUGAAGAUGGCUCCUGUGGUCUUGUAUAUGAGCACGCUCCCUCAGAAGGCCCACCCAUCGUUGCUCUUCUGGAUCACAUCGUGGAGUACACUAAGAAACCUGAGCUGGUAAGAUCGCCCAUGAUUCCUUUGCCGAUGCCCAAAAAGCUGCGGUUUAACAUCACCCCAGAAAUCAAGAAUGACAUAGAGAAGGCAAAGCAGAACCUCAACAUAAUGGUCGAAGACCUGGAUGUCAAAGUCAUGGUCUUUCAUCAAUUUGGGAAAACCUUCCCCAAGUCAGAGAAGAUAAGUCCUGAUGCUUUUAUCCAGCUGGCCUUGCAACUAGCAUAUUACAGAAUGUAUGGCCAUGCCUGUGCCACGUAUGAGAGUGCAUCACUACGGAUGUUCCGCCUGGGCCGCACAGACACCAUCCGCUCCACUUCUGUAGACUCUCUUAAGUUUGUGCAAUCAAUGGACAGCCCUGACAAAUCGGACCAGGAGAAAGCAGACUUGCUGAGGAGAGCUACCCAGGCCCACAGGGAAUACACUGAUAUGGCAAUAAGGGGCAAUGCAAUAGACCGCCAUCUCUUAGGCUUGAAGCUUCAAGCUAUUGAGGACCUAGUGAGCAUGCCUGAAUUGUUCAUGGACACAGCAUAUGCUGUUGCAAUGCACUUCAAUCUCUCAACCAGCCAGGUCCCAGCAAAGACAGACUGUGUGAUGUGUUUUGGUCCUGUGGUUCCAGAUGGCUACGGAAUCUGUUACAACCCUAUGGACGAACACAUCAACUUUGCAAUUUCAGCAUUCAACAGCUGUGCUGACACAAACGCAGCCCGCAUGGCGCAUUAUCUUGAGAAGGCACUGCUAGACAUGAGGAUCUUGCUCCAAUCCACUCCCAAAUCAAAACUGUAAGAGGCAAACAUGAUGCAAAACCCCCAACUAAAGGGGCUAUCCCUCAUGCACUGAAGCUCCCAGUUCCUCAGAAAAUAAUUGAGGGGACAGCUUCCCCUGACUGGAACCUAGGAAGGCAUCUACCAUUUGUUUUCAGCAAGAGAUUGCAGAAUGGUCAACUGCAGAUUAGACUCUGUGGUGAGAGGAAACAUGGUCUUAAAGCCAAAGUAGAACUGAAUGGUCCUCUCCCAUCAAUACAAAGUGCACGUUCCUGUCCUCAAAGAGGACCGAAAUAAGAUUUUUAUGGAACUUACUGUAAAGGAAUACAGAAAGCACAGUCCUUACCAGGAUCUAAAUCCAUUUGGUGAGGAAGGUAGUUCUUCUCCAGGAAAAGCAGGGAAUGUUUAUUAUAUGAUGGAACUACUAGAAGACCAAGUCUUUUUGCUGGUUUAGUCUUCUGAGGAGUGCAGCAUCUUUCAAACUUGACUGAAGAUUUUUCUGCUACUCCAGCAAAACAUCACCACUGAACUUUGGCAAGGGGAGAAGGAAGUUCUUAAGUCAGAGCAGAUCCAGUUUCAUUAGAGUGCACUGCACUACUUAUCCCAGGCACUCUGACCUUUACAUGCUUUACAGGACUGGGAAUGUUCCCUUCCCCUUGUUUUAGGAUGCUGGGAUCUCUUUUCUGUUGCACUGACCCUAUUAACAACAGAAUAUAAUUUGCUACAAACUAAGAUGGACUUUUUUGUUGUUGUUGUUCUGGGCUUUUUGUUAAGCUUGCUGUUGUGGUCCUAGCUGUGGAUCUUCAGGCUCAGCAUAAAGCUUUUUCCCCCCAAAGCCUCCAUAAAACCUCUCUCACCCAGGUUUUGCUAGCUUUGGCUUUAUGUACCUUAACAUUGGGAGAGAUGAAGAGGGAUUGCCUACCCAGAAGGCCACAUGCCUAGUCUACUUCAGGGCCCACAUGUUAACCCAACGUGGUUCUAUCCCUUGCUUUCAGAAACAACAUAUUUGUGCAUAAUGUGUUAUGCCUAAGUUGUAGACAAAUAAGAGUUCAAAUCUGUUAGAGCCAAAGGAAAAAAAGCUGCAGAAUCACCGUUCUUUCACAUCAUUCUGCAUUAACAAGGCAGAAAAUCUUCAAAAGCAGGAAGAAAACUGAGAACAUGCGGGCACUGUAGUUGUCUACUGUGGCAGCCAUUGUUCCUGCAGUAAUGUACUGCACCUUUUCUGCCACUCUUGGAGUUUUUUUCUUACUGCAAUGUUACUCAGAUUUGUGCCAACUCUAUUCCGUGAGAGAAUGAUCUCAGGAUAGUGUUUUCAUAUUCAGUUGACAAACCUUAGACAGUAAAAGAUUAUACAUAAACAUUAACAUACAAUUUUAGCAUAGGAGUUUUUGUAAACAGUACUUUCAAUGAAUCUGCCAGAAUCCAAGCUCUGUAUUUUCAUUUAGUAAAACCGUAUGGUAAAUGAAGAACUCUAGUGCUAUUUCUGCAACAGGAAUUUAAUAUUUAAAUUGCACACCCUUCAAGAUGUGGCUGCUGGGACAUCACCAUAAACAAGCAGCAUUGGGAGUCUGAUGGCCUGUUUUGUUACAGGGAAAUAUUUGAUCAUAAUUGCUACUUUUCUGGUCAUAGAACAGCAAGGGAUAUGAUCAAAGUGCCUUGGUGAACAUACAUGAAGAAAUUUGCACUAAACCUGUUUAAAGAAAAAAAAAAUCAUUCUAACUUGCUUCUUGAAAGACACAAGCCAACACUACUGCAUUUUUUCC